GAAAUUCAUAUUUUAUCAUGGUUAAGUUAGGUUAUAUCGUCAACUCAUAAAAAUUAUUUAUAAGCUAGUUUUUUAAGGAAAAACUUAAAUUUAGUGAAUUUGCAGUGCGAAAAUUUUUGAGAUUUCCUCAGACGAACACCUGGCGAAAGCGGACACAACCAAACAUAACUAUAGUGAUAAAAAACAUAAAAACAAACAUCAAGAACAUCCUCAUUUUUAAUAGUAGUUUUUCUUCUUCUUCUUGAGCGGAAGUUUCUCAAACUACUCUUGGUUCAAAAUUACGUCAAUUAAGAAAAGUCCUCAGAAAACCAUGGAGGAAGAUGAGAGGGGCAAACUUUUCGUUGGUGGUCUUUCUUGGGAAACCACACAAGAAAAUCUUUCACGUUACUUCUGCCGUUUUGGCGAAAUCAUCGAUUGUGUAGUAAUGAAGAAUAAUGAAAGCGGUCGUUCACGUGGUUUUGGAUUUGUAACAUUUUCAGAUCCGGCUAAUGUUCAACAUGUCUUACAAAGUGGACCCCAUACACUGGAUGGUCGUACUAUCGACCCCAAACCAUGCAAUCCACGUACAUUGCAAAAGCCCAAAAAGGGCGGCGGUUUUAAAGUAUUCCUUGGAGGGUUGCCCUCUAAUGUUACUGAGACCGAUUUGCGCACUUUCUUUGGACGCUAUGGCAAAGUAACCGAAGUGGUUAUUAUGUACGAUCAAGAGAAAAAGAAGUCACGUGGUUUUGGAUUUUUAUCAUUCGAAGAAGAAUCAUCUGUUGAACAUGUUACCAAUGAGCGUUACAUCAAUCUUAACGGAAAGCAGGUUGAAAUCAAGAAAGCUGAACCACGCGAUGGAUCUAACUCCCAGAAUGCCAACAACAGUUCCGUUGGUGGUGGUUAUGGUAAACUUGGCAGCGAUCCCAGUCACUGGGGCCCACCACAUGCACCAAUUAAUAUGAUGCAAGGACAGAAUGGACAAAUGGGUGGACCCCCAUUAAAUAUGCCACUGGGUGCGCCCAACAUGAUGCCAGGCUAUCAAGGCUGGGGUACCUCACCACAACAGGGAGGUUAUGGUUAUGGUAAUAGCGGACCUGGCUCUUAUCAAGGUUGGGGAGCCCCUCCAGGCCCACAGGGACCACCACCACAAUGGUCCAACUAUGCAGGUCCCCAACAAACACAAGGUUAUGGCGGCUACGACAUGUACAACUCCACAUCAACAGGUGGUCCCUCUGGACCAUCGGGUGGUGGCAGUUGGAAUGCUUGGAAUAUGCCACCAAAUUCGGCUGGGCCAACAGGUGCUCCUGGCGCCGGUGCUGGCACGGCCACUGACAUGUAUUCCCGUGCUCAGACUUGGGCUGCUGGUGGUCCAUCAACAACUGGACCCGUGGGUGGCAUGCCACGUACAGGACCUGGCAAUUCUGCCUCAAAAUCUGGUUCUGAAUAUGACUAUGGUGGCUAUGGGUCUGGUUAUGAUUACGACUACAGCAACUAUGUUAAACAGGAAGGUGGGGCAUCUAAUUAUGGAGCGGGCCCCCGAUCAGCAUAUGGUAAUGACAGUUCUACUCAGCCUCCAUAUGCUACAUCGCAAGCUGUCUAAAAAAUGUUUCGUAAUAAAUGUUAGCAUGUUUGCUGCCUACCUGCUGCUAAAAAAAAAGCUGAUGCUGUUAUUCGACGAUUUCAACCUGCCCAUGCAACCCAACAACCAUAUACAAACAACAACAACAACAACACGAAUAAUCAUAUAUAUAUGGAAGACCCUUAAUAGCUACAAACAACCACAAUAACAACAACAUCAUUAACAUCAUCAAGAACUACUAUUUCAUGAAUACCUACAGCAAACAGAGAACGAACAACCAACAAACUACAGCAAUAUCACAAAAGUGUGGACAUAUUGGAAGCGCUCUAGCGUCGUCUGUUUCGUACAGUAUAAUUCAUUCAGUUGUUAAAUAUUAUUUCUAUAUAUACAUAUUAAUAUAAUAUUAAUAACACUAAAGUUAAUAAUUAAUCUUAAAGAGAUCAUAAACAAAUAUUGAAUUAUAUACAUACAAUAUAUAUAUGCAUAUAUGAAACUUUGAAGUUUAUAUACAUACAUACUUAUAUAUAUAUUAACGUAUAUAAAGGCAAGGCACGAACUCUAGAACAUCUUAUGAGAGACUCGUAACCAUCCAAGCCACCUUGUUUAUAUAUAUAUAUAUAUAUAGAUAUAUAUGUAUGUAAACAGCUCUACUCUUAACUACUAUUACUACAAAACCAAACCAACAGUUGCAAAAAACGAGAGUAAUUUAAACAAGUAAAUAAUAUACAUAUAUAUAUAUAUAUAAUUAACAAACGAAACAAACAAAUUAGUUAAUUAUGAUGUAAACCAACAACUGAUUAAAACCACAACAACAACAACAAACUAAAGUUAUAGAAGCAAAAAUGAAAACUGAAAAAGAAACACAAAAGAAUGUUUAGGUUAAAGGAACAACACACUUAAAAUAGGGGUUUAAAGAAAAUCAAGAUUAGAAUUACAACUAUUUACUCUACAAAACUACUCUUUUUUUUUACUAAUUUACACGCAUUAACAUGUCCAUAUGGCCAAAGAGAGAAAGUGUUGCGCAUUUGAGGCCCCACGCGAGAUGAGAUGGCGAAUUUCGAAACGAAAAAGAUUAACGAAGAGAAACACUAAGACAGACAAUUCAGAGAAUGGCUAAAAUCAAACUUAACAUUUUGUUAUCUUUGGUUUCAUACGUUCCCUUCUGCACGUUUUGGGCUUCGAAUUGCAAAAUGAAUGAAGAAACUAGUCGACAUUUUCUCUUUAUGGUUGAAAUUUCUUUUUACAUACGAAAACACACGGGACGUGUAUAAGUUUUUAUUACAUAUAGUAUAUGAAUUUGUAUGUUUAUUUUCAAAAAUGGUAAUAUUCUUUCUUGUUUUUUUUUCUUUUAUUUUUACAUUAUAACUUUUAAUGUUAAUUGCAAAAACAAUGUGUCUGCAUGUAAAACUAUUAGACCUAGAAUUUUACAACAAAUACAAAUACGAGAAAAUACAAAUGGAUUACAUUUAAAAAAUUUAAUAUAAAUUACUACUACUUCUACAGAGACAUAUUCAGUACUAUAGUUAAAACCCGUACAGUUAGACAUUUGCAUAUAUAGUUUAAAGGUUAAAUAUUUUUAAAUAUUUAUAUAUACAUAUAUAUUAAAAAUACAUAAAGUAAUGGAACCUACAAAUAGCAUUAAAAGAAAAAUAAUUGAAAAAUCAAAAAAACUAAGCAAAAACACUUCAUGUCGUCGUAUACAAUUAAAAAAAAAAAACAAAAACGAAACCUAUGUCCCCCUCACCACCUACCAACCCCUUUCAGAACUUAAGGCUUUUUUUAAAUUUAACCCUAUUUUCAUACAUAUACAUACAUAUUUUUUUUUUAUAAUUAUUGCUCUUUUUUUAUAUUUAUAAUUUAUUGUUAUAAUUUCCUUUUUCUUUGGUGAACUGUAGCAUAUUAUAACAAACAAACAUACCUUUUUAUUAUUAAUAAACAAAAGAGGAAACAAAAGUUUUACCUAUUAUAGAAAAACAAAACAAAAAUAGUGUUUAGGCAUUCUUGUUCUUUGUUUCAUUAUGUUUUUUUUUUUUCUUUUCUUUUUCCUUCUUUUUUGUUCUUUUUCGGUAAAGUAAAUAAGUGAUUGUUUUGAUAUAUAUAUAUUUUUAUUAUGUAUAUAUAUGAAAGACUUCUUGCCUUAAUUAAGGCAAUAACAUGUCUUAAGGAACAACAGAUAGUAGUUGGUUACAUUAAAAGAAGUUAAAAACAAAUUAGUUUAAAAUAUGAAAAUUAUUUCGAAUUUUGUCUUACAUACUCUUAAAUAGUUUAGAACAAGGAAAAACGUGUUUUAGAAAAAUCCCUACUUUUCACCCUCCCAAGAAUUCCAAGGACAGGAGCAAGCGAAAUCAAUGGCCUUUGAUAUUGACUAGAAUUGAAGCGAUAAGUUGUUUAAAUUAAUGUUAUAUAGAUGGGUAUAUUGGAAGGUUGCCUCAAUUAAACAAAAAUAAAAAUGAAAUAGGUACAUACUCUCAAGGCUACUCCUGAUUGAGUAAAAUGCUAGGAAUCAUUUUCCUGCGAGAAGUGCAACAAAAAUCAUGGUCCCCUUAACAUUUGCAUUUAGAGAAGGAUUAUAAAUUUAGAGCAAGGUUUUUUGAAAUAAUUAGUUGUGUAUACAUUGUAAUUAAGUUUUGUAACCUUGAAAAGGCGGCCCCACACAUACAUUUUUAUUAAUUUGGGAUCUUAAUAAUAGUACUUUUUUUUUUGCCUACUUUCGUCCCUUUGUAAAUGCAUAGUUAUAGUUAUGUUUAGCUAUGUCAUAAGGCUACAUAAUAGUUUUUCGAAUUAUCGCAAUGUUUUUUUUUUUUUGAUACUAGAAUAAACUUACUAUUUGUGGUGAAAACAAAUUAUUGUCAUUGGAUUGUAUUUAUUUAAAAAGACAUAUGUAUGGAUCCAUUAUAAAUAGCAAACAGCUGGCAGUUGAGUUGCCUGCUGACAAUGCAACUGAAAUUGUGUGGCAACUUUUCUCCAUUGAUAUCGGUCUGGCAAUGUGAAAAAUGUAAACAAAUCAAAGCAAAAUUAAAUUGUUUUUAUAUUUUUUAUGUUAGUCAAAGAGCGUAAGAAAGAAGAGCCCGAUUUGGGAUGACGAAUGAUAAGGUUUAAAGGCCCCACAUGUUUAAAUUGCUUACGAUAUUUCGUUUUUUUUUUCCUUUUAUACCAACUUUCGGUUGCAAAGAAACAAAGCAAAAUACGAAAAAAUGUUCGAACGAAUGCGCGAAUCAACCUCAAUGUGAAUUCAAUUGGAAUAAGUCGAAAAGGUUGUGUCUUUAACCCGCGUUAUUUUACGGUAUGGCGAAGACAAAGCAGAAACCCUCUCUUCUUCUUUCCUACGCUCUUUGAUGUUAAUACGCUCUGCAAAUCUUUUCUUGAUGUGUUUUUUCGUUUGUAAAUAUUUUUUUUUUUACCUUUUUAACGUGUAUAAAAUGUCACUGUGAGUUGCUUUUAUUAACCGUUAAGAUAAUUCCAAAAAGUGCUAAAGAAUUUUGCAGUCUUUUUUUUAAUGUGGCCCACAAACUGUGUUGCUUUAGGGAUCGAUUAUGGUCGCUCGCCAGCAAAUAAAACCUUGAGAAAAAGAUUAGUACAAAUUUGUAAAAAUUUUCCCAGUUUCAUUCAAUAUCAGUGUUUUGAGCCUUCAGCUACUAAUUAAGUUGUAAAAACAUAUGUACUUUAAUACAGAAAUGGAGAUUUCUAUAACUAAUUUGGCAAUUCAUAAUCGACCCAUAAAAAUGUUUUUACACUUAACCUCACCACCAUGCAUUAUUUGCAGUACCUUUGGUUUCACCAAAAAAACCCGAUACAGAAAUGGAGAUUUCUAUAACUAAUUUGGCAAUUUAUAAUCGAUCCAUAAAAAUGUAUUUACACUUAACCUCACCACCAUGCAUUCUUUGCAGUAGCCUUUUUUUUCUCCAUUUAUUAUAUGGAUGUAAUUGCUUUUGUCCUACCAAAGUUUGUUUUAAAAAUUUCGCAGCAAACUUUAUCGGAAUGCUUGUCGGAAAAUUCCCUUUUUAUUAAAUCAAAUUGGCAACUUUAAUCAGCAGAGUUGCCAUCAGUUCUAUAAUUUUGUCAACUGGCAAUGUUCCUUAGUGGAAUGUUCAUGGGCAAAAUUUGCAAAUUUUGCAAUGUAUAUUGAUUUUGGAGGCUACCGUAGCGCAGAAGUUAGCAUGUUCGCCUAUGACGCUGAACGCCUGAGUUCGAAUCCUGGCGAGACCAUCAGAAAAAAUUUUCAGCGGUGGUCUUCCACUCCUAAUGCUGGCAACAUUUGUGAUGUACUAUGCCAUAUAAAACUACCCUCCAAAGAGGUGUCGCAUUGCUGCACGCCGUUCGAACUCGGCUAUAAAAGGAGGUCCCUUUGCAUUGAGCUUAAAAACUUGAAUCGGACUGCACUCAUUGAUAUGUGAGAAGUGGAAUGUUCAUGGGCAAAAUUUGCAAUUUUUUUAUAUUAAUUUUGGUAGUAGACCCAGUAAACACGAAAAUUUUCACAUUGAUAGCAAACUAAAACAAUAUAUAUUCUGAAAAUUGUUUUAUGGAAAAAUUAUGAAAGAGUUUUUAAAAUUGUUGCAUUUUUCGCUUUUAAAUCGGUUAAAAAGUUUUUGACCCCAACUGGUCAACUAAAUUGUGACUUUUUGGCACUUUAUUCACUAAAUAAAAGCAAUAAAAGUCUUUUGCUAGGGGUGAAAGUGAUGCCAAGCGCACCCGAAUGGUUAAUAUAGCUAUGUGUACGAUGUACUCAUAAGCAUAUUUCAAAUGUCAAACUGUAGAGUUUCUAUUUUAUAAAUGGGAUUUGAAUGCUAUUAGUUUCGAAACCAAUUCAUUAAGUUUUAUUUAUUUUUUUUUUUUGUUUGAGAUUUUUUUGUAUAGAAAAAAAAAUUAAUAUUUCAAAAUCUUUUGUUUUUAAAUGUGUGUAACUUUGCCAAGAAUGUCAACGAUUAAGGAGCUUUUUGGUAGCACUCCGAUCACACCGAUUGCUUUGGGACUGGUCAUUAGAUAGAGGAAUGGUAUUUCGAGGAGGUACGUUUGUAACUCCUCGAAAUAUUUGGGUGUGUUCUGGGUUUCACAUUUCCCCUAAACUCAAUUGCUUAUUGCCACGUUAAUAAAGUUUCAAAAUAUCUUGAAUUUCCAUCAUGAUAUUUCUUAGAUUAAAUCAAAAAAGUUUCUUACAACAAAUAAUUAAUGUAGACUUUUUGUUUGUGUGAUAUUAACAAAUUGAUUUCGGGGGGAAAAGUGAAUCCCAGAACACAACCGAUUAAUAACCGAUCGUGCGAUUUUUCUUUUCAAUCAUCUGUUAAGCGGUCAUUCUUAAGUGAUAUGGCUGAAGUUUUAUUAUAUUAUGGCUUCAAAUAUGCAUGCCAAUUACAGUUUAUAUAGAUAAAUAAUCAGACAAUUUUUUCAUACCAAUGGUUGAAAUUUUAUAUGCCGAGAACUGUUAUGACUUUAAACAUGAAUGCUAGUUAGGGUCCUUACUAUGCAUGUAAAAUCCUUUGCAAUCUUCAAUUAUACUAGUUUUUUUUUUUUUUGAGAACUUAAACACGUUGAUCCUUGAUGAAGGCGCAUACAAAAUUCAACCUGGCCACACUUAUCGUGUUCUUUCUUUUAAAUGGUUUUUUUUUCACUGAUAGGGACUUUACGAGAAAACACCGUAUCACCACUUAGAUCAUACAAGAAGAAGAAGAAAAAGGUAUGCUUUUAUAAAUCAGAUAAAGAGAAGCUCGAACAUUUCAAAAGCAAAUUCCUAUACUGAUCUAAAACUGUAGAGGAGAUGACAAAAAAAUAGCAAUAAUAACGAACACAGUAGUUCUCCUGUAAGUUAUGGUGAUUGAUUGAUGAUGAUUCAAACCUUAUAAAAUAAUAUAUCGAUAUAUAUAUAUGAAAAAAGCAAAAAAAAAUAGAUAUACAGAGAAUCAACAGCAACAGCACUGAUUUUUUCUUUCAACAACGUCCUUCAAAAUAAAGAUCAAAACAUAAUAACAAACAAAUAUAAAAAUAACAUAAAUAGAAGAAAAAUAAAACAACACAGUAGGAAGCAACAUACAUACAAUAUGAACGAGAGAAACAUUUACUACAUGAACUAAUUAAGCAGAACCCUGAAAAAAAAUAGUUUAUAUACAUAUUAUAUGCAUUAAUCUACAUAUAUGUACUAUUCUACUAUAAACAUUAAAAAAAAACACAUACAAUCUAUAUAUUUACCCUAUAUAUUACAUUAUAAUAAUAAAAAUAAUACAAAUAAAACAAACAAAAAAUACAAAAAAACAAAAAAUACAAAAAAUGGAAAAAGUAAACAACAAAAAGAUAAUGGAUUAAGUUUUACAAAGCUCUAAGUAAUAUUAAAAGAAAACGGAAAGGAAAACAUACAACAUAAAUAAACACACAAAAAAAAAAUACUGCAUAUAUACAUAUUUAACCCCCUUUAAAGUAAAUUUCAUGAAAAGAAGUAGUUUAAAUAUCAUUAAACAAAACGUUUUAGCCUCUCACAACACCUGAAACAAAACAAAAAAAAAAACAUCGUCUCGUUAUAUAUUUCAUAAAUAAUAUACCUACCUACCCCUACGUUUAAUUUCUUUUUUUACGUUUAAAAAAAAAAAACCUAAAUUAGAUUUAUCACAUACAUAUUUUUCUUUAAUUCAACUAAACAAACAAACUUCCACAUAUUUAAAGAUUUAUUUAAAUUUCUAUUUUCGUUGUUUUUUUAUUUUAAAUCAUUUUUAAUUAUUUCACCACAAACUUUAUUUUAUAUAGUAAAACAAAAAAAGUAAUGUCGUCGUAUUUAAAGAGUAACGUGAAGGUGUAAGCAUUAAUUUCUACGAAGUGAAAAAGAAAAUAAAACAACAACUAUGAGUAAAGUAAUAAACCUUAAAUUAAAUUUUAAAAUUAACAACCAGGAUUAAUUAAAUUUAAAUGGAAAACCAACCAACACUGACUGUUAAUUGUAAAACAAUUUCUUUAAAUUAAUUAAAAAACAAAAAAAUUAUUCUCUACGAUUAUGAUUUAAAUUUAACAUAUUUUAAUGAAAUAUAUAAAUACAUACUAUGUAUAAUCAAACAGAAAAUAUUCAUUUAUUAGCAGCAAGUCAAACCAACCAAACACACCCAAAUAAAUACACACACAUACACACGCCUAACAAUAACUUCCCCCCAAAUCUUCCUGCCACAUGCCCCCUUCAUUAAAAAAAACACACUUUAAAUAUACAUAUUAAUUUUGUUUUUAUCUCUACGUUUCUUUUAACAUAUACGAUGUUGGUACAUGUAACAAUUACCACAUUUUAAUUCUCAUAAACAGAAAUAACACCACAACAACAAAAACAUGUUAUUUAACUAAUCAAGUAUAUACAACAAUUCAUAUACAUAUAUAUAUAUAUAAACAAUUGCAGCAAAAAUUAUAAUUAUUUGUUUUUUUAAACAUUAUAGUUUUGAACAUUCUUAACUCUUGAUUUUUAAGAAAAAUAUAUUGAAAAGAAAAAUUUUAAA